CAAUGGUUUUAUAUCCCCCAAAAGCAAAGUCAAACCGAAUUUAAUCUUAUAUAUACAUAAACAAAUACAUUAUAUAUAUACUUUUUAUAAAAAAAGAAAAGAAUGGUUGUAUUAACACGAGUUUUAUAUUGUGCAGCAAAGAUUAAUUAUUUAGUUACCAAGGAAAUAUAUGCGACAAGGCUUAAUUGACAGUUUGCGUAUUCACGUAACUGGAGGCACCGGUGGUUCUGGAUUACCUGCUUAUGGUGGAAUAGGCGGAACAGGAGGAAACGUAUAUCUUGUCUCAAAAGAAAGAUUAACAUUGCGAAAUGUUAAAUAUAAACUAGAAAAAAUGAAAUUGAAAGCAGGAACAGGAGGCGAUAGUAGCAAAAAAGGGCUCAUUGGAAUACCUGGAACAGACUUAAAUAUAAGGGUUCCAAUUGGUAUCACCGUUUAUGAUCAAAAUCGCAUUAAACUUGGUACAAUGAAUUCAAAGGAUACAAAAUUGGUAGUUGCUGCAGGUGGAAUGGGGGGAUGUGAAAGGACAGGCUAUUGUGGCCUUAAAGGUGAAAGUCGUACUAUAGUUCUUGAUCUUCAGUUACUUGCCGAUGUUGGUUUGAUAGGUUUUCCAAAUGCAGGGAAGAGUACAUUUCUAAAUGCAAUCUCAAGAGCUAAAUCAAAGAUUGCAGAUUAUCCAUUUACAACUAUAAAACCACAAAUAGGUAUUAUAAAUUAUAAAGACCACAGGCAGAUUUCAGUUGCAGAUUUACCAGGUUUAAUUGAAGGUGCACAUAUUAAUAAAGGAAUGGGUCAUAAAUUCUUAAAACACAUAGAAAGAACAAAAUUACUGCUCUUUAUUGUAGACAUUCAGGGAUGUAAAUUUUCUAUAAGACAUGAACAUAGAUCUUGCCUAGAAACUGUGCUUUUAUUAAAUAAGGAAAUUGAACUUUAUAACCCUGAUUUGCUAGAUAGACCUACAAUGAUUAUAGUAAAUAAAAUGGAUACAAAUAGAGCAAAUGAAAUCUAUAAUGAAAUUAAACUAAAAUUAAAUAAUUUAUCAGAAUUUCUCUCAGAAUUUGAUAAAUCAAUUCAACCAAAAAGAGUAUUGCAAUUUGAUGAUAUUAUAACAACAUCUCUAAUUUUACAAAAUGCAGAUGAGAUACGCGAAAUUAAAACAAAGAUUAGACAUAUUAUUGAUAAAUAUGAAGAAGCAAAAAUUUCCGUUCAAGAUAUGGUUUCAAAUGAAGAUUGUUUACGUAUAAAGUUAAAAAAACAAAUGCAGCAAUAUGCGCCGACAUUUGUAUAACUUAUCAUAUUUAUUUAAACGAAUUACACGGUGUUUCGUUACGGGUAGUACAACCUAUCCAUACUGAAACACUGUAUAAUCAAAGCAAAAACAUAUUUAAAAAAAAAAACAACAAAAGACAGUAAAAAGUAAAACAGAAAAAGUAACAACCUUGUAAUUAAUAGCCUUUGCAACAUAACAAUAAAUGUAUUUGACAUUUUAUUUUUUUAA